AUGUCGGUCACAGGCGAGGGCACAUGCAUGAGCUUGAAGGGACAAUCCAUUGAAGGCGUGCAUGAUGUUGAGGGUGGGGGCGUGAACGGUCGACAGGGAGAUGGGACGCAGGCUGAAGGAGGGGCCGGCGGAAAGGAUGAGAACAAGACACGCACGCGGGGACGGACAGGCACGAGAGACAACGUACCUGCAUCCAUCGUGGAUGUCCUCAUCGUCUAUGCCCAUUCUCCGCCGCUGCCAUUGCUUGUCCUCGUCCUUAUCCUCUGCCGCCAGCUAGACCUCGUCGUCCUUGUUGACGUUUGA